UUGUCUGGUAGCCGCUGACUUGACUUGGUAGGACCCGGUGUCGAUGAAAAUAUUACCGUAAAUUACUUCACUCUUAAUACUUCCAAGGUUUUCUUUUGUGGCAACGUAUAAAAUGACAGUUGAAAAUGGUCUAAUAAACAAAACAAAAACGGAUUCAAAGAAAUUAGAAUCCGAGAGGGAAUCAAACAGUCUAAAAGAUGACAAAUAUGCAAGGAAGAAAGCUGAAAUCGAGAAAGUAUUAUCUUCAAAAGAUAUUGACUUGGAUAGGCUACGGGAGUUUGCCAUAAGCCCUGGUGGCUUUGUUACAGAUGACAUACGCCAGAGAGCAUGGCCGAAGCUGGUUGGCAUAAAUGUGGACAAUAUUCCUGAAAAACCCAGUGAGGAAGUGCUUCACUCACAUCGUGACUAUAACCAGGUGGUCCUCGAUGUUAACAGGUCGCUGAAACGCUUUCCUCCAGGAAUGGACGAGGAUGUUCGGCUGGGUCUGCAAGACCAACUGGUGGAUCUCAUCAUGCGAGUCCUGGUCAGGCACGAUGAACUCCACUACUACCAGGGUUACCAUGACAUCUGUGUGACAUUCUUAUUGGUUGCUGGGGAGAAUCUGGCUUUUGCCCUUGUGGAUAAAUUGUCCCUCAACCACCUCAGAGACUUUAUGGAUGAGGACAUGGAGCGGACCAAACACAUUCUUCACUACAUGUACCCACUUAUUGGCCGUGUAAACCCUGACCUACUGGACCAUAUGGAAAGGUCUGAAGUUGGCACGAUAUUCAGCCUUAGCUGGCUGAUCACAUGGUACGGUCAUGUGUUGCCCCAUUUACGUGACAUUGUACGAUGUUAUGACUUCUUCAUUGCCUGCCAUCCUCUUAUGCCCAUAUACCUUGCAGCAGCUAUUGUUUUGUACCGAGAGGCAGAUGUAAUGGAUACAGAGUGUGACAUGUGCAUGUUACACAGUGUACUGUCAAAGAUUCCAGACGACCUUCCGUACGAGCGGCUCAUUGUACGUGCGGGAGAGCUGUAUGACCAGUAUUCACCUGAUGACCUUGCGCAUGAUGCCAUACUCAACAUGAAACGCACGCAACAGUUAAAUAAAGCUCGUCUUCAAAACAGAGCAAGACAUAAACUGAUAGUGCGACGUAACCGCUGGAUGUCUGUGUUUUACCAAGAUGGCUCAGGCAUCUACUACAAACUGACGUUCUGGACUCUCACGGCAGUUGUCAGUGCAAUGGUCAUAGCGUAUUUCAAAAACUCAGACUGGGAUGUGAUGUCAUGGUGGAGCUAGCGUUGGCGGUUUUUGUGGAUGAAGGGAGAUAAACUCUGUAUAUUGGCAAAAUUUUGUGUCAAGAAAAUGAAAUGUUUUACCAUGGAAAUGCUUUAACCUUAAGUACUGUUUUGAGGUUUCAUAGUUAUAUGAAGCUUUUCACUUAAGCACUCAAUAUCCUGAUAAUUACCGUAGUAUAAUGUUAUUUUUCAAGCUGACAAUUAAAUAAAAAGAAAAGAAUGGCAGUUGAGCUAUCCAUCCUGGAAGUCUCUUUCUAGCACACCGGAUAGGCAUUUCCGCUGAAUUCAGCCGUGCUGGAUAAUUCUAUCUGGCACCCCCUAUGCCUGAUGACUCACGCGCUGUGAUGUAAUACUUCUUAUUUCUUUUAUUAUACUUUUUAUGUAACCAUAAUUAUGAGAUUUCAAUAGAUUAGUUCCAUUAACAUUAACGUUACAAAAAAAUAUCUUCUAAACAAAACAAAAUACCUUAAAAGAUGUGAUAUCGAAGGAACUUAUUGACGUAUGCAAUUAAUACAAAUUACUGCGCGUAAUAACGUCAGUAAACAUCAUCACACUCCCUUUUUGGUGAAAUGUACAAAAAUGCGCUUUUCUAUAUAAUUUUUCACAAAAAAAUAUGUAAUUCAAGGUAUGCUAGAAAAUAUAUCUAUCCUGUGUGUCCAUUCCGGAUAGAAAAAUAUGAACUUCUGGCACGCUGCGUAGUCGGUAACUCUGCAAGCCUCGUUACCUGGCAACACAGGUGCCCUUGGGUCAAAUUUUCUAUCCGGAACGGAAACACAUGACAGAUAUUAUUAGUACUACAGCAGGCUGCUUGGAUAUAGACUUACAGUGAUCGAUAACCUCUGUCAGCAGGAAUCAAGAUUAUCCAAAUACUUUAAACCCCCAAUAUGGCUGAAAUUAGUUCUUGUAUUUUAUGUCCUUGAUUAUAAGGGCAUAAGGCCAGAAUAAAAUAAGUUUUAGUUUCUAUCUGGAUAGAUAUUUUGGCACUAAUUUCCUGAUUUCUUUUAAUUGACCUUCGGGCAAGGGUGAAUUUUAUUUUCAAAUAAAGUUGAGAAUGAGA